AUGUCCCACAACGUCUUAAUUACUGGAGUGUCGGGCUACCUGGGAGGGACAUUCAUCGCUCGACUAUCAACUCUGCAGUUGCCCGGCCUCAACGAAAGCUUUGCUCUGGUCAAGACAGAUGCACAGGGUGAAGCCUGUCGACGGUAUGGUGCGGAGCCCCUGCGGUUCGACGCGUACAGCCAAACAGCCAUUCGCACCGCGAUUAUCGAAAACGAGAUCGCAAUCGUCUAUUUCAUGAUCGACUGCGACAAAUUCGAGAACCAGGAGGGUUUCAUUCAGGCACUUUCUGAGUCUCUGCCUCUGCUUUAG